GAGUCGCAGUCAUAUAAAGCUCCAACGUGUAUGCAGUCUACUCAUAAACCCCUCUUUCCCCUUUGGCGCCAAAACUAUAUUGUUAUCAACACACACAGAGUUCAUCUUGUCGAGAUCUUAAUUGAAGCGCGAUAAUGUUGUGGGUAGACAAGUACAGACCAAGAUCCCUCGACAAAGUCAUCGUUCACCAAGAUGUCGCUCAAAAUCUCAAGAAACUGGUUUCGGAGCAAGAUUGCCCCCAUUUGCUGUUUUAUGGUCCUUCCGGGGCGGGGAAGAAAACCCUAAUUAUGGCGUUGCUGAGACAGAUGUUCGGGGCCAGUGUCGAAAAGGUCAAGGUUGAGAACAAGAAUUGGAAAGUUGAUGCUGGAAGCAGAACUCUUGAUCUAGAGCUUACAACAUUAUCCAGUACCCACCACGUGGAACUAAACCCCAGUGAUGCAGGCUUCCAGGACAGAUACAUUGUUCAAGAGAUAAUCAAGGAAAUGGCAAAGAACAGACCGAUUGACACGAAAGGAAAGAAAGGAUUUAAAGUACUGGUGCUUAAUGAGGUUGACAAGCUCUCAAGAGAAGCACAGCAUUCUCUACGAAGAACAAUGGAGAAAUACAGUGCAUCAUGCCGCCUUAUACUGUGCUGCAACAGCUCUUCAAAGGUCACCGAAGCAGUUCGUUCUCGUUGUUUGAAUGUACGAAUUAAUGCUCCAAAGGAAGAAGAGAUUGUAGACGUUUUAGAAUUCAUCGGCAGGAAAGAGGGGCUGCAACUUCCGUCUGGAUUUGCUGCUCGCAUUGCAGAGAAGUCAAAUCGAAGUUUAAGGAGGGCUAUAUUAUCAUUUGAGACAUGCCGAGUCCAACAGUAUCCAUUUACGAACAAUCAGUUAAUACCUGCAAUGGAUUGGGAGGUAUAUGUACUGGAGAUAGCAUCAGAUAUUAUGAAGGAGCAGAGCCCUAAAAGGUUGUUCCAGGUUCGUGGGAAGGUGUAUGAGCUUUUAAGUAACUGUAUUCCUCCAGAAAUUAUUUUAAAGAGGCUGCUUUUUGAGUUAUUGAAAAAAUUGGAUUCUGAACUAAAGCAUGAAGUUUGUCACUGGGCUGCAUAUUAUGAACACAGGAUGCGUCUCGGACAGAAAGCCAUAUUUCACAUUGAAGCAUUUGUCGCCAAGUUCAUGAGCAUCUACAAAGGCUUCCUCAUCUCAACAUUUGGAUAAGGAGAUGUAACUUGUCACUGGCAACCAAGUCAGUUAUUCUAUUAGCUAGUUGCAGAUCAAGAGCCUGUUAUUUUAUUUUAUUUUAAUUUUUAAGAUGACCAUGUACCAGUUAAUCAUUUCUUUCAUUGUGUGAUAUGAACUUGGACCCAAAAGAUUCCAUUAAGAUUUGUCAAUUAGUACUGCAUCGGCAUGUUUGCAUUUGCCUAGGAGAUUCAUAAGAUGUUGCAAAUAGGAUUAUGGCAUUUUUGCUAUAUGUAAUGCUGGCUUUGGUCUGAUGCGUCAUACUUGGUGCUGAUAAUGUAAUUCGCCCUUCCAUAUUCUGUUUUAA